GUUUUGAUCUUAAUAAUAAUUGACUUACGACCCUUUCAUCACUCUCCACUGUCCACCACCACAACCCAUAUUCUCCUUCUUUCUUCUUUCGUUCCUUCCUUCUUUUGCUUUUUAACAAUUAAUCACCACCAUUUCCUCAGACUUGGUCUCGGUGUCGGUGGUGCCCAAUCUUUUCUCUCUUUCUUGCGUUAAAAAUGAGUAUGUACGGUAGAGAUCCGUGGGGUGGCCCGCUCGAGAUAAACACGGCGGAUUCUGCCACCGACGAUGAUCGGAGUAGGAAUUUGCAGGACCUCGAUAGAGCUGCACUAUCCAGGCCUUUGGAUGAAACACAACAGAGUUGGCUUCUUGGUCCCGCUGAGCAAAAGAAGAAGAAGAAAUAUGUGGAUCUUGGAUGUAUCAUUGUUAGCCGCAAGAUCUUUGUAUGGACAGUUGGUGCACUGCUUGUCUCUGCAUUUUUAGCUGGCUUCAUUACUCUCAUAGUCAAGACUGUUCCUCGCCACCGCCAUUCUAAGCCUCCACCGGACAAUUAUACUCUCGCCCUUCAUAAGGCUCUUAUGUUCUUCAAUGCCCAAAAAUCUGGAAAGCUUCCAAAGCAUAAUAAUGUAUCUUGGAGAGGUAAUUCUUGUACCCACGAUGGGAAAUCUGCGACGGAUGCCCUGUUUAAAGAUCUGUCUGGUGGGUAUUAUGACGCUGGAGAUGCUAUUAAGUUCAACUUUCCUCAAUCUUUUGCUUUGACUAUGUUGAGCUGGAGCGUCAUCGAGUACAGUGCUAAAUAUGAAGCUGCUGGUGAGCUUAACCAUGUCAAGGAUAUUAUUAAGUGGGGCACUGAUUAUCUUCUCAAGACUUUCAACCACACUGCUGAUACCAUCAACACAAUUGCUAUGCAGGUUGGUUCCGGUGAUACUUCUGGAGGAAGUACGACUCCUAAUGAUCAUUAUUGCUGGAUGCGCCCUGAGGACAUUGAUUACCCACGGCCUGUACUUGAAUGUCAUGGUUGUUCGGAUCUAGCUGGGGAAAUGGCUGCUGCUUUGGCUUCUGCAUCCAUUGUUUUCAAGGACAAUAAAGCCUACUCUCAGAAACUUGUUCAUGGUGCUAGAACCGUCUUUGCAUACGCCAGGGAACAGCGAGGUAGAUACAGUGCUGGUAACGAGGCUGCCACCUUCUAUAAUUCAACUGGCUAUUGGGAUGAGUUUGUUUGGGGUGCAUCUUGGCUCUACUAUGCUACUGGGAAUAAUUCUUAUCUUCAGCUUGCUACUAAUCCUACUAUGGCCAAGCAUGCUGGCGCUUUCUGGGGAGGGCCAUUCUAUGGUGUACUUAGUUGGGAUAACAAGCUUACUGGUGCUCAGGUGCUUUUGAGUCGUUUGAGAUUGUUCCUGAGUCCUGGAUAUCCAUAUGAAGAAAUAUUGAGGACAUUUCAUAAUCAGACUAGUAUAAUCAUGUGUUCUUUCCUUCCAGUUUUCACAAGCUUUAACAGAACCAGAGGAGGAUUGAUCCAGUUAAACCAUGGAGCACCCCAGCCACUUCAGUAUGUUGUCAAUGCAGCCUUCCUUGCUGCGCUGUAUAGUGAUUAUCUUGACGCUGCAGAUACACCUGGAUGGUAUUGUGGACCAAAUUUCUUUUCAACUAACGUCUUGCGUGAUUUUGCCAAGACACAGAUUGAUUACAUCCUGGGGAAAAACCCUCGGAAAAUGAGCUAUAUUGUGGGUUUUGGUAAUCAUUACCCAAAACAUGUCCACCACAGAGGUGCAUCCAUCCCUAAGAACAAGAUCAAGUACAACUGCAAAGGAGGAUGGAAGUGGAGGGACUCCAAAAAGCCAAACCCAAAUACGCUUGUUGGAGCGAUGGUUGCUGGCCCUGACAAGCAUGAUGGUUUCCGUGAUGUUCGUACCAACUACAAUUACACAGAACCAACUCUUGCUGGAAAUGCAGGAUUAGUUGCUGCACUUGUGGCUUUGUCGGGUGAUAAGACUACUAGGAUUGACAAGAACACCAUUUUCUCUGCUGUUCCUCCAAUGUUUCCCACUCCACCACCACCUCCAGCACCCUGGAAACCAUAAGCUGUCCCCGUUUUUGAGUUAAAGUACAUCUUGUGUGACUUUACAGUUAGAUAAUUUUGCUGCAGAUGCAGAUCUUGGAACAUAGAUCCCCUUGGAAGUUAAAAGAUAGUGCAUAUUUGAGGAAGGGGAUGGGGCAUAGGAAACAAUGCGGUGGAUAAUAUUUGUGAAGACAGUUGGGAGAGACCUAAUGGACUCAGACAAGCAUUAAAAAACUGAUAUUUUGUAUCCCCUGAUGUAUCUUUGUUUGGAUUUUUUGUGAUAUAGUAUAAUGUGUAUGAUAUCAAUCUUGUAUUCUUUGAAAUAUGUGAAUCUGAAACAGUUCAAAAUUGGUUUAACAAUAAACUUCCACUUAAUGUCCAACAA